ACAGGUAGGAGCAACAAAGGAAGAAAGCUUGAAGGCUUCAAAUGAGGUCGUGGCUUUGCCCAGCCUCUGAGAUCAUCUCUAUCUACAUUAGGUGGAUGCUUCCUUGCACGUUACAGCAACGUUCCUUCUGAUACCUGCGGCAUAUGCUUGAGCUUCCACUCCUUAAAUUCCAGUGGCCUUCACCCUUCACCCUUCACCAUAUCUUGUUCUAACCAUGGGAAACACCACUGCCACCGGAGCUCUCUCCCCUCUCCCAAUCGAUACAUCCUUUAGGCUUCCGUCUCCGUUGCCAUCUUGGCCACCGGGUGGAGAGUUUGCCGAAGGGAGAAUAGAUCUUGGAGGUCUAGAGGUGCGCCAAGUCUCCACAUUCACCAAAGUUUGGGCUGUGCGUGGAGGAGGGCAAGAUGAUCUCGGUGCAACCUUCUUUAGGCCUUCGCCAGUCCCCCCCGGCUUCUCGGUGCUGGGUUACUACGCCCAACCAAACAACCGGCCUCUCUUUGGCUGGGUUUUGGUCGCGACGGACACCGGCAAUGGCGACGCCCUUGCAAAGCCAUCGGACUACACGCUUGUUUGGAGCAGCGAGUCUUCUACCAUCAAACAAGACGGUCGUGGCUACUUCUGGCUGCCGACACCGCCUCAAGGCUACGCGGCGGUCGGUCUUGUAGUCACAAACUCGUCGGAGAAGCCGUCGGUCGAGGAGAUCAGGUGCGUGAGGAGCGACCUAACUGAUCAGUCCCAGAGCGACGCGUACGUAUGGAGCACCGAUGGAUUCAGUGUCAAUGGCUUAAGACCAUCUACAAGGGGCAUCAAAGCACUUGGCGUAUCGGUUGGAACGUUCAUAGCCCAAGCAAACGGAGCUACGACUGCCACAAGUUUGGCUUGUCUGAAGAACAGGGCAUCCAACUUCACUUCCAUGCCAAACAUGAUGCAGGCGGAGGCUCUCAUGAAAGCUUACUCACCAUGGAUCUACUACCACCCGGAUGAGGAGUACCUCCCCUCAUCCGUGAGUUGGUUAUUCGACAACGGAGCUCUCCUGUACCAGAAAGGAAACCAGAAUCCUACUCCUAUCGGCUCCGAUGGCUCGAACCUGCCUCAGGGGGGUUCAAACGACGGCGCCUACUGGAUAGAUCUUCCCGUCGAUGGCGGGCGGAGAGAUAAGGUCAAGAAAGGAGAUCUUUCCAGCAUGAAGGUGUACCUUCAAAUCAAACCCAUGCUCGGUGCGACCUUCACCGACGUGGUCAUAUGGAUCUUCUACCCCUUCAACGGGCCUGCAAAGGCUAAGGUGCAGUUGCUCAACAUCCCACUGGGGAAGAUAGGGCAGCACGUUGGUGACUGGGAGCACAUGACGCUAAGGAUAAGCAACUUCAAUGGGGAGCUAUGGCGGGUCUACUUCUCCCAGCACAGCUCCGGGGCAUGGGUGGACGCUUCCCAGCUAGAGUUCCAAGAAGGAAACAAGCCUGUGGGGUACUCUUCCUUGCAUGGCCACGCCAUGUACGCGAAGCCAGGGCUCGUGCUGCAAGGGGAUUCCAAGCUGGGCAUUGGCAUCAGGAAUGACACCGCGAAGGGGAGCGGGAUCGACAGUGGAGGCAGCUUCGAGGUGGUGGCGGCAGAGUAUAUGGGGUCGGCGGUGUCCGAACCCUCAUGGCUCAACUACAUGAGGCAGUGGGGGCCGACGGUGAGCUACGACAUCGCGAAUGAGCUCAAGAAUGUAGAGAAGCUGCUGCCUAAAAACCUCAGGUCCAAGCUCGAGAACAUCAUCAAAAGUCUUCCUGCGGAAGUUCUUGGGGAAGAAGGGCCUACCGGACCAAAGGAGAAGAACAGCUGGGCAAUGGACGAGAAGUAGUUGUUUGUACUCCUCAAUGUACGAUAUCUUACUACUACUUGCAUGAUGAAGUCUGACUUAUGACUUACGUACAUGCAUAAUAAUGCUGAUUAGUCUUCUCAUUCCCACAUGGAUCAUUUCAACA